AGUUACUGAUCCAUGAGAGGACAUCUGUCUUAUCCCAUGACAACUUGCUUUGCUCAAGAGCUUUUGGUGAGGGACCUUGUCAAACGCUUUCUGAAAAUCCAAGUACACUAUAUCACUCUUGUCCACCUGUUUGUUGACCACUCCUCAAAGAAUUCUAGUAGAUUGUGUACAGAGGCCAAAAAGCAUUGCUGGUACUUUGAAGGGUUGUAUCCUACAUAUUAUAUAUGUCGCUCCUAUGAAGAUUGCUGUGGGUCAAGAUGCUGCGUAAGAGCCCUCUCUAUCCAGCGACUCUGGUAUUUUUGGUUCCUUCUGAUGAUGGGCGUUCUGUUCUGCUGCGGAGCUGGUUUCUUCAUCCGAAGGCGGAUGUAUCCUCCACCACUUGUAGAAGAACCUACUUUUAAUGUAUCCUACACCAGACAACCAGCCAACACUGCAGCAGGAUCACAGCAACCAGGGAUGCCAUACUACACGGAUCCAGGAGGACCUGUGAUGAACCCCAUGUCUAUGGCUUUCCAUGUCCAGCCCAACUCCCCACCAGGGAAUCCAGUGUACCCACCUCCACCCUCUUACUGCAACGCACCCCCACCCCCAUAUGAGCAGGUGGUGAAAUCCUCCACGUAACAACUCGGCAGCUCUGUUACCUGACUCUGUGAGAAGCAGGUGCCAUUGCAAAGUGACUGGGGUAGAGGGCCUCUGCCCUUCUGAACACUUGCUAGUUCUCUAACUCUCCCUACACACACUCCCCAUUAACAUUACUUGCAAGGGAUGAUUUUUUUUGUAGUAGGGGGUGAAUUUUCAUUUUGAUGUAUUCAAAACUAAAGCAAGGUCUUUUAAAUGCUUUUAAUGGAAAUCUAUAUUUAAAUCCAGUACGUUUUCCCUUUAUUUAUUGUUUCAAAGGUGUAUAUUAACGCAUUGUGGCAAAAUACGGUAGCAGCUUUAUGCAACCACAAAGUGAUGCACACUCUCCUAAAACCCAGUAGAUGAAUGUGGUAUUCUACUAGAGUAGAAAGGAGAAAAGGAGUGAGUUGGAGGAAAGAGUCAGGGCUAGAUAUUUAUGAGAAGUGUGACCACCAACCUCAUGGUCUGUGGUUUUCUAGAAAAGCUCUGUUCUGAGACACGGAAAGGGGACAGGAUGUUAUGGAAGCCAUCGAGUGAGCAAGGAAGUCAAGUCAUGGCAGUGGGUUCUGUUUGGAACAAGUCCCACUUGAGAGCUUCACUUCUAUAAAAGAUGGGGGUCCAAGAAAUCAUGAAUGAGCAGGUCUGCAAUGUCUCCACCUGAACCCGGACUCUGAACUUGCCACCUUAAGCCUGGUUCCUCUUCUCCUUUUGACACUUUCUGGAGAGGGUUUUUUGUUGUUGUUGUUGCCAAGGAUGAGAUUGUAAAAUAUAGUUGAUGAUCUAAAUGUUAGGCAGACCUGCAUGUGGCAGGGAAAAUGUUAUCAGUUCCCAGCUACACAUCUACACUUGUAGAGAAACUACUUAGAAAUAUUUCAAUACACAGAAGAGUUUUCUGCCCUAAAGUUAAAAUGGAAAAAAUGGGAACUUAGGCCCAGAUCCUCAAGGUAUUUAGGCGCUGAACUUCCAUCUGGGCCUUGGGUCCCAAUCUUGCUCCCUUUGAAGUCCCUGGGAGUUUUGUCAUUGACUUCACUGGGUGAUGACUGGGUCCUUGUUCCAUACAGCACGUUAGCUCACUGGUUUUGGUUAUUGUCUUAUAGCCACAGAGAGAGCAUGAAAGGGUGUUGUCUUCUCCAAUCAAGAGAUUUGAAAAUCUUCUCUUAACAAUGCUUUAAGCGCAGUAGCUUACUGGGACAUAUGUUUAAGGGUUGCUUCUGAGCCUAAUGCAUGGACACUUUGGCCAUGCAACUGCCACUUGCAGACAAGACCCUAUUCAUCAUGCUGAAAAUGUUCCCAUUUGUAUUUGUCUCAUACUCCUUGGAGGUUCUUUGAGUGGCAGUGGCCACUACCCAAUAUCUUCAAACAAACAAAACCUUUUCUCCUGAGGUGUUUAUGAAUGAUUGUUUUUGCAGAUAUUUUACAUGGAAAAUGGAUAAGUACAGAAAAUACCGCGCACCGAUAAACCCGGGAACCCCCCAUCCUCUUUUUAGUCCCUUUUCUGAGUGGAACUACCCUUCGAAGGAUCAAAUCCAGCAGUCUUAACUCGGGCACAAUUUCUGUUGAGAAUAAACACUUAUGUGACAUCUAGAAGAAAAUACUUUCUGGGCCCAUUCCUGUACAACCCUGACAAAUUCUGGGAGGAAUUGGCCUGCUAUAAAUACACUGAAAUUGCAUCCAUUUGGAUUGUGUUACAUUCACCAAAGCCCAUUCUGUGUAAUUAACCAGUCUGGGAUUUGAGCUAGAAUCCUUAGUCACAGAAACACAUUUCAUAGACUCCAGUGGAUGAUUUGCAGGCAGUCAUAAGGGACCAAAUCCCAGUUCCACUGGAGUCAAGGGGAGAUUUGUCAUUGAUUUAAACUGGAUCAAGAUUUUGCCCAAAGGAAAGGAUUAAACUUGUUUAUCAAAUAAAAUAUAAGCAGAAGAUUCCUGCCAGGUGCAGUGGUAGCAUUUCGGUUAGCCUUCACACUGGAUUUCAUCUCGGCAUAUAACUAUUAGUCUUGAUUUCAAGAAGAAAUAAAUGAAGGGAUAAAGAUGUCAGGUUAAAAGUGCUAACCUGUCAGGCUGGACUAUUUUUGCAUUUUCUAAAUACAGUCUUUAAAAGGGCUGUGUACACGAACAUUUAGUAUGUGGAAAGCUGAGGCAUGAAUCUACCCUGCACUAGCCUGCUGCGUCAUAAGUGUCCACAUGGACGCUGCUGAUGCACGGUAACAGUUCCAUAGUACACUUUGAUCUACCGGCUUUGAAAGGGGAGUAGGUCAAAGGGCAUUAAGGAGUUGUUAGUGUAGAUCAGUGUGGGGUAGAUUCACACCCCCGGUUUGCUAUGAAUUAAAUGAUCAGAUAGGCAAACCCAAAGAGCCUGGCUAUGUUUCUAAGCCUACUUACACUGGGGUAAACCAAGAGGAACUCCAGAAAAGUCAAUUCUGUUCCACUGCUUUGAGAUUGGAGUCAGGCCUUGUGUUUGCACUUGCACUUAUAGUAAAGUCCAUAGGAAGUUAAAUCAGAUCAUAUCCGACCAUGUUGGCUCACGUUCAACAUGCGUUUUAGAAGUGUUGAAUGUGACAUUCAAAUCCCUUUAUCUUUUUAGGGCAAAAAGAGAUGCUCGUACUUAGUGAGACUGUAAGAUUUCAUGGUACGUGGCAAAGCUCAUUCCUUUCUGUAGUGCUAUGUUUAGUGCUAUAUUCCAACAUAAGUUUGGCCUGAAGUUUGACCUGAUCUCUUGCUUAUCCCUAAAGCCUACUUUGCAGAUUAAAAACCAGCUAAUCAAAUUCUGAUAUUUUCAGUUGUUCUUUUUAGCAAAUUUAAAAGGGAGUUGGCUUUAAAUAACAAACCAAACCUUCUGUGUGAUAUUCUUGAUUGUCCUAGUGUGUCAUAUUGGGGUGAUAAUAUAAACAUGAAAGGCAAAAUUCCUCUCUGCUCCAUCCAACUGAUCUUGACUAAGCUAACCUAUCUGAAUCUAAAUUUACUGUAAUCUCUUUAUCAUUGCACAUCUCUUGCUAGCAGCGAUCACUAUGGUAUCCAAAGUGCCAGAUCCUGCAAAUCGUGAAGCAAGGAGGCUUCAGUGUGAGUACUCGGGCUGAAAAUUAAGAUUGCACAUAAAUGUUUGCAGGAUUGAGACCUAAACACCCACUGUUGAGAUCUCCUUGUUGCCCAUAUGGUUUUUCCACACAGACUUAUGUGCCUACACAGAAUAUUGGAGGGGAAACCUGCAGUGCAGACCUGAGAAGACUCUUGCACUUAGUGAACUCUCCUAUUGCAGUCUUACUCAUGGGCUUAAUAGAUCUAAAGCCAGAAGGGCUCAUUAGAUAAGCUAGUUGAAACUGUAUAACACAGGCCAGAGGCUUCCACCCAAUUACCCUUGCAUUGAUACCAACAUUGAGAAACACUGAAGAAAAAAAUACAUUUCAAAAGUAUUGCAGCAAUAGUAUGGUGUUCUGAGGAUAUUACUGUUAAAAUAUUCUUCCUGGCUGGGGCCCGUGGUAAGGAUACAGCAGCUACUUGUGGGUUUGCGAUGCAGGCCCUAUGAAUAUUUCAGAUAUAUGUAUUACAUGGUCAAAAGGCCCAAUUACCUGCAGUGCACAGUUGUAUGUAUUUUCUAAACUAGUGUGCACACUAACUGUAACGCUGCCGCCAAUCACAUAAUAUGGCUCUGUAUACACUGUAUUUUUUUUUUAACUGAAUCAAGGGAUUCUUUUUCCUUUAAUGGACUAGGCCCUAUGAUGUGAGCAGAUAGAUGUUGUUAAACCCUUUUAGAUUAUUAAUUGUGUCUAAGAGAACUGAUGUUUUCCUGAUAACAUUGGGUAGAACCCUUUUCCAGUGGAUUCUUAUGCUGUGUAUUGAAAUUCAACUUCUGGUGAAGUUUUUCUGUGAUCCAGUUGUUUCCUUUGUUAAUGUUAGGGGAUUAUAACUACCUCUUACAAUGAAGUCAAACUCCUGUUCUAGUGAAGUUGUUUGGUACUUAAUUGAAAACACAGCAGCACUGUGGGUAAAUCUAGAACUUAGUUUCAGAUUGCGUGCAUGCUUUUCCUCUGAUAUUCCUCCUCUUUUGGUUUCUAGGUUUUUAUUUUGUUUCCCUUUAUUUUUGUUUUUUAAAAAAGAAAAAAGGGGAGAAAAAAGAAACCCUAUAACUUUUGAUAGGGUCAUGUUUCAUAUAUAUUCCAAAUAAAACUGAUCUGGGUGUGUC